AUCGAUGAUUGUCUAACGGUCACUCAUACUGGGAUUGCCACCGAUAGACCUCUUCAAGUAUCCCUUCGACUAAGGAAUACUUCGUGAGAGCCUACAUAUCAUUUUUAGUCACUACCGUACAUCAAAAUCAUGAUGCAGAGUUCUGGAGAUAUUCCCUCCGGGAAUUCUGGAAAUGUGGAAGAACAGAUGAUCCCAGAAAAGUCGGAAGGGGCAGAUUUGGCUGCCAAGAAGCGAGCGAGAAGAGCACAGCGCAAGGCCGAGGGCAACGAGAGACGACGUGUUAGGAAGAAGAAAAGAGACACGCCUGCGGAUGCCUUGAUUAAGUACGGAGCAUUAUUCUUAUUGGUUGCCCAAAUGGUUGGUCUCGUCCUGUUGAUGAGAAUGUCAAGGACGAGUCAUGUCGAGGGCCAACCCAUGUAUUUGGCAUCGACAGCUGUCUUUAUCAUGGAGGUUAUGAAGCUUGGGAUUUGCUGUUGUGUGAUUGCCUACCAAACGAAUGGCAGCUUAUUUUCAGAGCUCAAAACGCACGUCCUUGAGUCUCCGCUUGAGAUGGCGAAACUAAGUGUUCCGUCCUUCAUGUAUACGAUUCAGAACAAUUUAUUGUACUUCGCCCUGUCCAAUUUGGAUGCUGCUACAUACCAAGUAUGUUACCAGCUCAAAAUUCUGACUACCGCAGUGUUCAGUAUGGUUCUAUUGCAGGUAAGCCUUAGUUUUUGUCGUAAACAGCGUAGGAAAUGUAAUCAUAAUGUUUCCCAUGCCUUUUGCCAUAUUCACUACUUCUCACAACAUCGUCAUCUUCUGGCCAUAACAAAUCACAUUUCAGAGAAAAUUUUCCGCAAAGAAAUGGACUGCAUUGAUUCUUUUGACGAUUGGGGUCUCCAUUGUUGAAGUAUCUAAUUCCCAUGACUCGUCCAAGUCGGAGUCUGAGAAACAAAGUCAAUUCUUUGGAUUGAUAGCAGUCCUCUGUGCAGCAUGUACUUCGGGCUUUUCGGGAGUAUACUUUGAAAAAAUAUUGAAAGGUUCACAAACAUCACUUUGGCUUCGAAAUGUUCAAAUGGGAAUCCCGAGCGUUGUUAUUGCCUUGAUCACUGUUUAUGCGAAGGACGCUGCAGCCGUAUCUCAACAGGGAUUUUUGGGAGGUUACACUUCUCUUGUUUGGACGGUCGUCACUGUGCAGGCUGUUGGUGGGCUGAUCGUGGCUGUUGUGGUAAAAUAUGCCGACAAUGUGCUGAAAGUUUUCGCUACCUCUUUUUCAAUUGUUGCGAGCUGUAUAAUUUCAGCCAUAUUUUUCGAUUUUCACGCUUCGAUGUCCUUUCUCAUCGGGGCGUUUUUGGUUGUGAUCUCAACCAUCCUAUAUUCGCAACCUGAGAAAAAAAGAAGGCGAAAGGCAGUUCUUCCAGAGACGGUGACUCGAAAGUGAAGCAAAUGACGAACGACGUAAAUAUGAACGGUAAUACAAAAAUAAUACGUACAGCACAUCACAAGGUCUCCAUUGCACGAUAAAACUCCGAAGUAUAUAUCUCUACAUCAUAACUCUAUUCAGUACAGGACAACUAAUAGCGUCUGUACGUUUUCAUUAAGUCAUGCACAAUAAACUACUUUGAGUUCAACUGUUGAAGUCUAAGAAAAGUAAAUUACAAAUCUAACUGGUCGAAUAUCCAAGACAUGAAGUGGAAAUGCAUAACUUUUGAUGGGACGUUUGUAGUGGCUAUUGAUAUUGCAUUGCAGGCACGUCCAAAAUACAUUAAAAACAUCAGACCUUCUCCGCUAGGUUACAACGUCGUUAUAUGGCUACCUCCGAAAGAGUCGAAUCAGGAGCAAGUUCAGACGAGAACUCUGUGUCGAAAGCACUUUGUCGCUUUUUGUAUCGUUGCAAAAGUUCGACAAUACGGUCAUUUGUUACUCUUUUUGAGUCUAACUUGGUCUGGUAUGCUCCAUCGGUGGUAAUUUCUUUAAUACGCACAUCCCCCAGUAACUCCGGUACAUGCAGUUUCCCUUCUCCAAUUUCUUUGCAGGCGACCAUCAAAUCAUACCUGCAAGACAAUGGGAGAAAACACGAAGUCCAGUAAUUAACCAACAUUAGUGCAUCUGGAUAUACUUGUAUGACAUACAAACACAAACAUCAAAAGCACUUACGCAAUUGUCUCUGAUAUGACCGAAUCGUUCUUGUAAUCAGGGUGACUACGCACAAAGUUUCGAAGCCAUGUCGCGGUCGUGAUAAGUUCACCUGUCGCACGUUUUUCGAUGAAGUCAAGGUAAGAGUGAAGGCGGGCCGUACUUGUCGAAUCAGCAGAAAUGUGAUCGAGAUAAGCUCUGACCAAUGGGAUGAGUCCUGGGAAGUAAUCUCCCUUCCCACACAUAAUCUCCUCCAUGGUCAUUUCUUCGAAUGAAUUUUCUUCCACGCCUCCAGGGGCAGUUGGUGCACUUCUCCGCUUGUGGCUCACCCCAUCAGGAUCCUCUGCUUCGAUUUCUUCACUAGUCGAAUUGUAAUCUCCCGAAACGGCCUUGGCGAACAUAGAAACAUAUUUUACACCAUAACCAUCAUCACCCUCUUCCAAUGGUGCCAGAUGGCGUCGAAAGAAAAACUUUCCUCUAGCGGCAGAAUUCCUACUGUGUGCUCUUUGCAUAUUUGCAUCCACUUUGCUCAAGGGAACGUACAAAUUCAAAUCAAAAGUUAAGAUGGUUCUCUGCAACAGUACGACAAAGAUUGAAAAAGCUGCAUUCUCAAAGUCUGUGAGCUGAAUUUCCAUACUUCUGAAUUCUGUACGCCAUCCAAUAUGUGGCGCGUUUGGGCUGUCCCGCGGUGGGGGAGGUUUCCAUCUCACGGUUUGCCAGUUUGUACUUUGAAUACUUUCAAAGUGUUCAGUUUGAGUUUCGUCGUCUACUUCCUCAACGGCGCCAUUGAAGAUUACUAACGGAUCUCGAAUGAACAGAUGUGCCACAUGUUGGGACAGUGCGGGGUCAACUCCAGCCUUUCUUAGGUCCUCAUAGCAAGUUUCAUCUAUCUCGAGUGGUAUAUCAUUGUACAUAUUCAAAACACGAUUCUUCAGACCUUUCGUAUCUCGAGCUCCAGUCAUACCUCCUUGGUAGAUAAAGGUACUGAUUGAAUCGUAGCGACUCUUGUAAAUUCGUCGUUCACCCUGUGCGUUGUAAGAUUCAUAUGGAGCGUCUGGAUCAGCUCGACCCCGCUCCGAUAGAGUCCGAC